CUUCCAGGUUACUAUCAACCAGCGGGUCCAUUGAUCUCACCACACGUUAUACAGCCAGUUACAGCUGGACCACCACCACCAUCAUCAAUACCACCAAAUGUGCCAUUGUUAGCAACGACCAAUACAAAAGUCAAAUCCCAAACAACCACCCCUGUGGAUGGCAGCGAGCACUUAUCCGCCAGUGGUCAGCCAAAUGCCACUCCUACUGCUGAGAGUGCGGAUUCAGAGCUUCUUCUAAGUGGCGGUGAUUUAGCACCCUAUCGUUAUCCACCACAAGGUGGUAAUGCCAGUGCUGCAGCAGCAGCAGCGGCCGCCGCCGCAGCUGCCCAUCACAGUCAACAUCAACAACAGCAGCAGCAGCAACAACAACAGCAUCAACUACAUCAACAGGCAGCUGCCCAUGCAGCAGCUGCGGCGGCAGCGGCCGCUGCAGCUCAUCAAAGCCCACCAUAUCCCCGAUCAAUGCAUGCCCAAAUGCAUUAUCCACCAGCAUAUCCUGCAAGUUAUUAUUCACCGUAUCCCGGUGAACCAAUGUGUUAUUCGCCACCUGCCUAUCAACCGUAUUAUCCAGCAACCAAAGUUUAUCAAAGUGCUCCACCACCGCCACAUCAUUCGCCGUAUAGACGUUACUCCUACUAUCAGCCGGGUCAUCCACCGCCACCAACCGAACUAUAUGAGCAGGCACCGCCACCCCAACCGGGCACAGCUGGUUCUAGUGCUGGCCAGGUGGCAGGACCACCACCACCCAGUCAGGCGGGACAACCGCCACCACCACCACCGCCGGGUGGUACACAGCUGGUACCAGCAGGUCCGCCAGCGGGCCAUAGUCAACAUUUGGAACAUUAUGCCGGACCACAAGGUUAUUAUGCGGGUUAUGGCAGUGGCAGCGGUGCAGCUGGCCAGUGUUAUACACGCAGUAUUCAGGCUCCGUAUAUGGAAUAUCCACCACAAUGUCCAUGUCCAAUGCAACAAUCGUGUCCAAAAAACGUCCAUACUGGGCCUCAUAUUGGUAGCAACAGCAGCAGCAACAACAAUGUCAAUCACACUCACAACGGCAACAGCAGCAGCGGCAACAACAACAGCAAUACUACACUCAAUCACAGCGGCAACAGCAGCAGCAACAACUCAAUAGCCACAGUGCCAGCAAUGAGCAACAAUCAUUGCAACAACAACACCUUGAAUGUAUUGAGUUUGCAUCAACAACAGCAACAGCAGCAGCACAACAACAAGUCGCUAACGAACGAUACGACUAUGACGAACAACAGUAAUCGUCAUAUUAAAAAUAUUACCAAUCCACCAAUGGACGCAAAACAUGGCGAAAUCAUACCGCCUAAUCCAAAUAAAAUCCCCCUACUAACGAUAGCGGUCAAAACCGAACUGUCUGUCGAUGAUACCGACAACAAGAGCCAGUAUGAAGAGAAUGUCGUAACACCUCUCACACCUCCCGAUUGUUACAGUACAAAUGAAGAUAAACUAAGGGAUUCAAUAGAAAAAGAUACGGUGACGGAUAUUCGUGAAGAGCCCGAAGAAGUUCCCGAUAAAAUGGUGAAUAGAUCGGAAGCGGAUGUCGCAACUCACUUACGUGGUAUGGCGACAACACAACCCAUAGAGGCUUAUGAUUUGACCACAAGUACACCACCCUUGCAGAAUGUUGGGGUCAGUGCGCCCACAGUACCCAUUGCGAAUGCCACGAAAUCUCCACAAAUUACCACAGUGGGACGGAGGGCACGUAUUGGCAAAUCUAUGGCCUGGAAUAUGGUUUAUGCAGCGAAUCAAGUAAAUGUCGCAAGUGUUCCGGGAGCGCAGCAGCCAAAUUGUGUACAGGGACGUAAUGGAUCCCAACCUGCAUCACCCUUACAUGGCAAUGCCCAAGUGACUGCAUCACAACCAGCUAAACCUUCCACUCCACAGAAAACCACAACCCCAGAGCAUAGCAGCCAAGGGAAAGUUUCCUCCUCCGCUUCUCCGGCAAAUUUCUUUGUCAGCAAUGUCAUGACCAAACAGGAAAUUGAUGAAGUCCACACGGCUCCGCUAUUGCUUAAGGCUGAAAUCAAAUCAGAGAAAAUCAAACUUGAAGAUGAGCUAAUCGAUACGAUGUUGCUGCAACAGCACACCAAUGUCGUUGUGGCACAACAUACGCUCCAUCAGCAAUCCCAGUCGGCAAACCCAAAACAUAUCAUACCCGAGAAAGAAGAGCUUAAAAUCAUAAAAGCCGAGCCGAUUACGCUCAGCGAAAUUUUACAUGAGAGUAAAGUGAAGGUGGAAUUGGAUUGUGAAAUUGUCACACCAAGCGAAGAGCGGAAAGUGGCGCCCAAUUGCACGGGGGAGGUGGUAAACAAGCCUCAGGGUAGAAUGCGUCUGCUGUCCUCCAGACAAGCUAUGCCGACAACAACUCUCUCACCUCUGCCAGCCGUUAAUUGUGACAUUGAUCUUUCCACAACAUCCGACGAUGAGAUUCUCGAUUUAUGCCAUAGUCCUGUGGCGCCCAAAUGUUCAGGCAAACGUCGUGGAAUUUUGGAAAUCAACAAAAAUCAAUGCAAGAAAUCUCCUCCCAAUAGCUAUAAAAGUCUAAUCAAACAGGCGGAACCCAAGACGUAUCUUUGUUUGAGUCGUAAAUUUGAAAAGAAAUCACGAUUUGGUCGCAUCCACUCGUCUAAAUCCAACAAGGGCAGUUCGGGUCUUAACAACGGUAUACGAAGGAGAGAAUUGAUGUUAACCGAUCAACAGAAGGAAAGUUUGAAGAUACGAAAGAAGAAAUUGGCGGCCAUGGAAAAACGAAGACGUGAAACGAAGGAGCAAAGAAGGGCUGAGCUGAGGCAAAAACGCAAAGAAGCCAAGGAGGCAGCGGUGGCCAACAGUAGACAACAUGACAUGAUUAAGGGAGAAAGGGAACUGCCGGAGAGCGUGAAUGUGGAACAACCAAUUAAAAAAGAAGAAGCCGAAGAGGAGGAUGAGGUGGUGAAUUUAAUUGAGGAUGAUGUGGAAAUGUUGGAGAAUGGUAAAGUGGAGACGCCACUGCUAUUUGCAAAUCAACAAGACGCCGCAAAUGCCAAGAAAUCUCCUCAGAUUACACCCAAACCAUCACCGAAACGUGGAAAGCCUCCCAAGAAACAAGCCAUACCUUUGCAUUUAAUUGAAACUAUUGAUGCUGUGGCCAGGGGCUACUUCUCAGAGCCGGAAUGUCGUACAUCAUCAUCAUCACUGGUGGUGACCAGUAACGCUUGUUCUCCUAGUCCCUUGGAUUUACACAAAUCUAAUAGCACGGUGACGACCAUGACCACGACAAAUGAGCCCAAAGAAGGCCGUAGUCCUUUGGCUCAUAAAAUUCAUAAAAAAUCAAAAACCACUUCGGAAAAACGUUCGAAAUCGGAAACAAAGAAACCUUUGAAAGUUCAGAAUUCCCUUAACACUGAACCCUUAAAUAUUCGUACCGUUUUCGAUGGUGUUCCGACACUAACAGCAACUACCUCAAAAUCAGUUACGACGCACACGAUGGCUAGUGAUUCAAGCAUGGAAUAUACGGAACAAUCUAGAUCAAAAUCCACAGAACCCAAGUCGAUAAAAUUGCCGAAGGAGGGAAAAAUUAAGAAAUCCAAAACGGAACACAAAUCUUCGAAAAAAUCAAAAUCCAAGGAUAGAAGUUCGGUAGAUAUAACUGCACAGGAGUGUAUAGCUGUAGAGGCUAUGGCCAUGGAAACGAACAACAAUGAAAUUCCUAAAGAAGCUCAAAUUUUGAAUAAGGAACCUACAGAAGAAUCAAAAUCGGAUGACGGUUUACGAACAACGGCUGAAACACUGGCUGGUACAGUGAUGGAGGUGGAACCCGCCAUACCCAACAACAAUAAUACAACAACUAGUGUCACAUUCAACGCUCAAAAUACUCCAAUGCAAUCCGAAAUUACGGAGGAGGCUCCUGAACAAUCCUGUCAGCCGACGACAGCAGGUGAACAAAAUUCUUUGAUAGAACAUUCCAAUGGCAAUAUCAGUACAACAGCAACUACACCAACGCCGCAGCAGCAACAACAGCAACUAUUUAUACAGCCCACAUUACCUCCAAUGCCACGGGUGGUGUGUCACCAUCAUGGUGUCAAACGUAAUCGUUCACGUUCCAAAUUUGGCAAUCGCAAACGUCAAAAAUUGAAACAUUCCACGGUGUCAUUUGAGCUGGACGAAACACUGCCGCCGGCAACACGCAAUGAUGUGGUGCCGAAAUGGAAUAACGGCUGGACAUGGGAGGGAGAACAGUUCCAGGGGGCGGUAUUCUUAAAUAGCGAUGAUCCAUUGGUAAUACGUACUUGUUAUCCUGCAAUGCGCCACUCUGAGGGCGAUAUUAUACGCACGCGUGAUUGUGUUCUUCUCAAGGCUAAUGAAGAUAAUGAGUUGCCCUAUGUAGCUAAGGUGGCCCAUUUGUGGGAAAAUCCGGAAGAUGGUGAAAUGAUGAUGUCUCUCUUAUGGUACUAUCGUCCCGAACAUACAGAGCAGGGACGCCAACCUAGCGAUAGCCCAGAUGAAGUUUAUGCUUCACGCCAUCGCGAUCACAAUUCUGUUGCCUGUAUUGAAGAUAAAUGCUAUGUUUUGACAUUUAGUGAAUAUUGCAGAUAUCGCCGAAGACUACGCGCAGCUGAAGAAGAUAUCGAAGAUGUCAAUAUUGUACCGAAACGACCCAAUUACUAUAGUAUACGUGUUGUACCAGAUAACACAAAUCCGGAAUUGGUUAUGUUCUGUCGUCGAGCAUAUGAAUUCCGGACCAGACGUCUUCUUAAGAUGCCAAAUAAACAGGAUUAUUAUGUAGUUAAUUCAUAGAUUGAU